CCUCUGUCCUGAGCGCCUGAGCAUCCUGGUGUCCACUCUACUGCUUUGUCUCGGAGCUUUUCUGCAGGUCGGACACCGGACAUGGCGAGCCGGAGAGUGGGCUUCUGUCUGAGUGUGAAGAAACGCCGGAGGAUGAACCUGAGCGCGUUCGCUCACCUGUGCGCAGGCAGAGGUAUUGAGGUGGUUGAGAUAGACCUGAGUCGGCCGAUGGAGUCUCAGGGCCCGUUCGACAUCAUCAUACACAAACUCUCUGAUGUGAUUGUAGAGGCAGAACAUGACAGCCAAUCACAGCAGCUUCUCGACAACUUCCAGACUUACGUGUCCACACACCCUCACACUGUCCUGCUGGAUCCACUGCCGGCCAUGAGACAGUUACUGGACCGCUUCGCCUCAUACCGCAUCAUCAGCAAACUACAGAACACACUGCGAGGAAAGAGUAUUUGCUGCCCACCGUAUCUAGAAAUUAACACCACCGACAUGUCCGCCAUCCAGGAAGCAGUGGACAGGAAGCAGCUCACUUACCCUUUAAUCUGUAAAACCAGGGUGGCCCACGGAUCCCGCUCACAUGAGAUGUCUUUAAUCUUCAGUCAGGCCGGUCUGAGAGACGCUCGUCCUCCCUGUGUCCUCCAAAGUUUUGUGAAUCACGGUGCCGUGCUGCACAAGGUGUUUGUGGUGGGUGAGCAACACUUCACCGUGGAGCGACCGUCGCUCAAGAACUUCCCCACUGGACCCUACGACAGGAAAACGAUCUUCUUUAACAGCCACGAGGUGUCUAAACCCGAGUCCUGUUCCCAUCUAACUGCACUGGACGACACGAUGCCUCGAGUCCCCGCCCCAAAUGAUGACGCGAUGGUCGCCAUGGUGAAGGAGCUGAGGGCGGAGCUUGGAAUGGCUUUGUUUGGAGUGGACGUCAUUAUGAACAUAGACACACACACACUCACCAUCAUCGACAUCAACAUAUUCCCUGGCUAUGAGGGCGUUCCAAAGUUCUUCUCCUCUCUCCUCAGUCACAUCGAAUAUCUGCUGGACACGUCACAUGAUACCAAACAUCGAACAUCUCAAACUACCACUAAUCCAUGAUGACUAUCUGUUAGCUAGUGUAAUAUCAUGCUAACUGGAAAUGCUAGUUCGUUGUUCAUACUGUAAUGAAUAGGUUUAUAUGGAAAAUGUUCGUAUAGUUUAUUCUGCGAACUGAACACAAACUACAGCUAGAGUUUCAUACGAAAAAUAAAAUAAAGUAUGUUUACAUGUAAACUUAUUUGUAUAAAAUUUGAGGAUGAAUCCACUUGGAGUGAAAAAAGAGCAAAAAUUUCUACACACCAGUGAUGACAAACAGAUAAAGAUGAUUCAGUGUUUCAGGUAAAAACCAAGCCCGCUUUAUUGAGUGGGAUGGUCAGGGAUUUUUUUUUCAUUUCAAGGUCAUUUGUGUAGUACAAGUGUACCACAAUACAUAUACUCAUACACUUCAAUGUCCUCUUCAUGAUCGCCAUGUUUAAUCCUACACAAGGUUUUAAAGAGAAAUUUACAGUUCGAUGUCUGUAUGUAAUGAGGACUCAGGACAUUAGGCAAGGACAUUUCAGGACAUUUCUCCUCCCUGCCAGCAGAGGUCGCACUCACCAGAAUACUAACACAACCUCUUUCAUUCACCUCCAGGUUACACCCUGGUUUUAAAGCGUGUAAACAGUUAAGUUCAUUGAACCAUUGCGAAGUCUUGCCCUUCAAACAAGACUGAUGUUAAAGUCCUUUUUACUCAUUGUUUUUGUUUAGCUGCAUAAUACCAAAGUGUAAAUAUAGGCUGAGCCUAAACCACUAUUUAUGCUUGUUGUCAUGGUUACACUGGUAUAAUUAAGGAAUAA